GAAAGCAUAAAGUUUAUGGCAAGAGAGAUUAUGAUACUUCAAACGCUUGAUCAUCCCAAUGUCAUCAAACUUGAAGGAUUAGCAACAUCAAGGAUGCAAUAUAGUCUUUAUCUUGUUUUUGAUUACAUGAAAUGUGACCUUACAAGAAUUAUCUACCACAGUGGGGAAAGACUCACCGAACCACAGAUAAAGUGUUAUAUGCGACAACUACUUUUGGGGCUGGAGCAUUGUCAUGAGAGGGGAAUUAUGCAUAGAGAUAUUAAACCUUCUAACCUGUUAAUAGAUAAAAGAGGGGUGCUAAAAAUUGCUGAUUUUGGGUUAGCAAAUUCUUUGGCAAUAAAACCUGAAGGGCCUUUCACAAAUCGAGUGGUGACACUUUGGUAUAGAGCUCCUGAACUUCUUUUAGGUUCAACCCAUUAUGGAUAUGCAAUUGAUCUUUGGAGCAUAGGAUGCCUGUUAGCUGAGAUGUUUCUUGGAAGACCAAUUAUGCCCGGAAGGACAGAGGUUGAGCAGCUUCAUAUGAUUUUGAAACUUUGUGGUUCACCUUCAGAGGAUUAUUGGAAAAAAAUGAAGCUAGUAACAAGCUUUCGUCCACCACAACAUUAUAAAGCUAAGUAUGAAGAACAUUUUCGCUAUUUUCCUUCCUCUGCACGUGCCCUCUUAGCUACACUACUUGAUCUAGACUCUGAACGUCGUGGCAGUGCUUCCUCUGCUCUUGAAAGUGAAUUCUUCAAAUCUAGUCCAUUAGUUUGUGACAUUUCAGCGUUACCAAUAAUAAUCUACAAAGACGAGGAUGAACGGUCACAAACUAAGAGACUCAAAAGGCGCAAGAGAUUGAAAAAUAAAGGACAAAUAUAUCGAACAAGUACUAGCAAUCCAAGCUUGUUAGGAAAGAACCAAACUGUUGAACAAAGUAGGAGAGAUUCACAAUCAUCAAAGGAGGAAAAGAGUGUGGCACAAAACAUGAAAGUUCUAAAAACAGGGAAUAGUGGAAACAGCAUAUCGUCACUGUUUAUGAACGAGAGGAGCAUGAGUAUGAGCAUGAAUGGAUCAAUAUCCCCAGUUUUUGUCUCUAGUAUGAGAAAAUCCCCCAAAACUGAGGGCCAUCCUAAUGCUCUUAAGAACAUAAAAAACUAUACCCUUUUGCAAGCUUCCAUAAUUGAUAUGAUCAAUCACAACGAAGGCAAUGAAUUGGGCCAUUUGCGUAGGUCCUUUUCUACGUUGGAUUUUCGGCUUGAUCCAGACAAGCUAUCAAGUCUCUGGAUCAAAUAGGAAGUUUGGCCAUGAAAUGCGAUUUUCUCUGCUUCAUUCUGUUCUGUAGUUCUUGUGGUUAGAAGUAACGUUUUAAUACGAGACAUUCUCGGAAGCUAUGUGAUGAAAUAAAUGCUCCUUAUUUUGGAGUUUGGACAUAAUGAUAAUAUAACUUACCAUUUAUCAAAUGUUUCGAAAAAAAAAAUUAUAAUAUUGUAUGAAAAUGUAUUUUUUAUACGAACUUAAAUUAAAGCUCUUUAUACUUGAAUUUUUAGUAAGUGACGUAGUAGUCUAAUUCAUUAACGUUUGACCUUAUAUAAUUAUAGAAUAGUUCUAAAUUUGUGUACCUUUUUCAAACAAACUCAUAAUUACUAAAUACUUUUUUUUCAAGAUAAUGAAUACAUGCACUUACUACAUAAUAUAAUUUUAACAUACAAAUGCUGAAUGGUAACAUUCCGUAUGAAAUGUUUUACUAAACAUUGGGACUGUUCAUUUAUUAAUUUAUAAUCUAAUGAAAAUCGUAAAAACAGAACUAAAAAAAAAUUAAAUAAGAUGAAAACUUCAAAAGUUAAGACCAAAAUUUUUUAUUGAAAUAUAAGUUUUGGUUAAAAUGUGUAAUAGAGAAAAUAUUUGUUUAUUAUCUAACAAAAGAAAAUCAAAACCGAUAUAAUACAAACUGCUUUAGAUUAUAUUAAAAUUAGUUGCAAAACUAUACCAAUUGAAUAAAAGAAUUAAUGAGAUAAAUUAGAUGAUUUUUCUACU